AUGCACACAAAUGCUGGAGUUCCUGCCUUUUUGGCUAAACUUUGGAGACUCGUCGAAGAUCCUGAGACGAAUAAUUUUAUUUGUUGGAGUAUGGAUGGUCGAAGUUUCAUCAUUCAAAAUCAGGCUCAAUUUGCUCGCGAACUGCUACCGCUCAAUUAUAAGCACAACAAUAUGGCAAGCUUCAUUCAUCAACUUUAUAUGUAUGGAUUUCAUAAGAUUACUUCAAUUGACAAUGGUGGUUUGAAAUUCGAUCGCGACGACAUGGAAUUCUCACAUCCAUGCUUCAAACGUAAUUGUCCAUAUCUUCUGGAAAAUAUUAAACGGAAAAUUGCAAACACCAAAUCAAUUGACGAAAAAGCAACUGUCAAACCUGAAGCCGUAAGCAAGGUAUUGAAUGAUGUCAAGGCAAUGCGCGGACGUCAGGAUUCCUUAGAUUCGAGAUUUUCUGUAAUGAAACAAGAAGACGAAGCUCUAUGCCGUGAAAUUGCAUCACUCCGACAAAAACAUGCUAAACAACAGCAAAUUUCUAACAAGGUCGUUUCAAAUCAAAAGUCCUGACUCAAAGUUUAUUUUCUCGCUUCCAAUAAAAUUAAGAACAAAUAAACAAAAAACUCAAUUUUAUUGGCUCAUUGCGACAAAUCAACUCAAAAAUAACAACAAAUCAUCGUUUUAUCGUUGUUUGAAUGAAAGAAAUGCUAGAGAAAAAAAAUUAGCAAACGAAAAAUCUGAAUUUGUUUAUUAAUGAUUUCUAUGGUGACGACUCCAAAAUAAUUGAAAAAUAAAAAUAAGAUAUUUACUGCCCAAUUAUACAAAUGAAAAGAUGUGAAUAGAAUUUUAAGUUAUGAAUUGCUAUCAUAUAAACUGGACAUUUCUGGUCCAUCUUCACCUAGUCCUAUAACAAUAUCUUCGGCAAAGUUAUCCCAACUGCCUUCAAAUGAUAAAUAAUUAAAUAAUUGUAUGUUUUUUUGUAUUGCCCGUGGAUAUGGAGUAAUGCAAGCCCGGGAGACUUGCCUCUGUUUUCUGAGGCUAACCCAGUGAAUCUCACAGACGGAUCAAUUAAUUAAAAUAGGGAUAUCAAGAACUGUUCUUCAUUAUUUUAUCGUUAUUUUAGAAAAAGUUCAGCUGCCUCAUAAAUGCUUCCUUCCAGUAAGCGAAUGAGUUUUUUUUAUUUUUGCUCAAUUUUCCAUGGGACUUUUGAUUUGAAACGACCUAU